GAGCAAGUUGUCGUCCCAACGCUCGGCAUCUGUUCCCCAUCUGAAGUGAAGUCUGCAUCACAAGCAAAAACAGCUGCCACCAGGACAGACUCCGACGGAAGAUUGAGAGCUACUCCAGCAGCCAUGUCCCAGCAGAUAGACUACAGAGCCACGGCUCUGCACUGGGUUGAACUCGCGCGUUCUUCCAACGCAAUUCUCGCUCUCGGCCUCCUUACACUCUUCGUCCUCUCCUACUCCGCGUCAACCUUUGUCGCAGAUUUGGUCUUUCCCGGUACGCCGCUGAGCAAGUUUGGUGCAAGCAAGACAGACAAGAAGGUCUGGGCUGUGGUGACGGGCGCAAGUGAUGGUAUCGGUGCAGAGUAUGCAACCCAACUGGCUCAGGCCGGCUUCAAUAUUGUCCUGGUGUCGCGAACUCAGUCAAAGCUGGAUACACUUGCUGGUGAAUUAGAGAGCAAAUAUCACAUCUCGACCAAGACACUGUCAAUGGAUGCAUCAAAGGCCACGGACAAGGACUUUUCCAAGCUUGCUCAGCUGGUGCAAGAUCUCGAAGUCGGUGUCCUCAUCAACAAUGUCGGACAAUCGCACGAAAUCCCUGUGCCUUUCCAUCAGACGGAGCAGGCUGAGAUGCAGGCCAUCAUUGACAUCAAUGUCACCUGCACACUCCGUACAACGCAGACGCUUCUGCCCAAGCUCAUGCAACGCCGCUCGCUCAUCCUUACUAUGGGCUCCUUUGGCGGAUUCUUGCCUACGCCUUUGCUAGCCACUUACUCUGGCUCAAAGGCUUUCCUCCAAACCUGGUCUACUGCCCUUGCUUCCGAACUGGCAGACUCGAAAGUCACCGUCAAGCUGGUCAACUCCUACCUCGUUACCUCCAAGAUGUCCAAAGUCAGGAAGCCUACCAUGACCAUUCCUACCCCGAAAGUCUUCGUCAAAGCAGUCUUGGGUGGCAUCAAGAGUGGUCCUGUCAUCACACCCUUCUGGGCACAUGGACUCAUGGCCUAUGCACUGACAUGGAUUGGCCGUGAAUCCUCAGUUGUUGUCUCUGGCAACAAGGCCAUGCACCUCUCCAUCCGCAAACGUGCCCUCAAGAAGCGUGAAAAGGCGCAAAAGGGGCAAUAGGCCAACUGAUAUUCAUAUCAUCGCAUAACCAAACUACAAAAUCUUGACAAUUUGCUAAAAAAGACAUGAUCCAGGUCAACGCAUGCGCCUGCUCGGUGAAAUUGGGCUCUCGCCACCAAUCAAGGACGCCAUGGCUUGCGCUAGUGCGCGUUCCUUGCCUUGCGCUUCAUCUGCAGAGGCAGCCGCAUCCAAAUGUGCCACAGCACCACCAACUUGAGCAAGUCGUGCACCUGCCACUAAUCCAGCUGAUGCUGUACUGGAAGCCGCUUUCGUCUGUAGUCGCGGUGCACUCGACUUGGACGCAUGCUCAAGCUCGAGCCGGAUACGCC